CCCGAGCCUGGGCCUCACCUGGCGGCAGCAUGGCUGCGCGGCGCCGGGCGGCGCCGGGGGCAGAGUCCGGCGCGAGCAGGCGGCGGCUGCAGGAGCCCGUUACAAGCGUGGAAGAUGCCGCUGGGGCUGAGAAGCAAGAAGAAGGGCAAGUCUAAGGAGACCUCCAAGCUGGUGGAGAGCGAGGCGGCGGCUCCGGCCCCGGCUCCCGCGGCCCCAGCGCCGGUCGCCAGCGCGUCGCGGCUGCAGUUCCAUACGCAGCUGGCGCACGGUAGCCCCACGGGCCGCGUGGAGGGCUUCGGCAGCGCCCGUGAGCUCUACGCGAAGAUCGCCGAGGCUUUCCGCAUCGACCCCGCCGAGAUCAUGUUUUGCACUUUGAACACUCAUAAGGCUGAUAUGGACAAGCUCCUGGGUGCACAAAUUGGCCUUGAAGACUUCAUAUUUGCUCACGUGAAAGGACAACGAAAACAAGUGGAAAUUCUUAAAACUGAUGAUGUGCUUGGGCUUACCAUUACAGACAAUGGAACUGGCUGUGCAUUUAUAAAGCGAAUCAAAGAAGGCAGCCUUAUGGACCAAACCAAAGUGGUCUGCGUGGGUGAUCACAUAGAGACUAUAAAUGGAAAAAAUGUGUCAAGUUGUCGGCAUUAUGAAGUUGCCAAAAUGCUGAAAGAUCUGGAGAAAGAUCAGAUGUUUAAGCUGGAGUUGAUAGAGCCUAUGAAAGCAUUUGAAAAACUGGAACCAAGGUCUAAAGGUGGAACUCUGCCAGAGGCUAAAAUCUCCAGAGGGAGAGAAACACUUCGUCUGAGAACCAAAGGCCCUGCUACUGUGGAGGAAAUGCCAAAUGAAGUUGAAGAAAAAGCAAUUAAAAAAGUGGAUGAACUUCUUGAAAUAUACAUGGGAAUAAGAGAUAUUGAAUUAGCUGCAACAAUGGUGGAAGCUGGAAGAGACAAGAAAAACCCAGAUGAAUUUGCAGUGGCAUUGGAUGAAACUCUUGGAGACUUUGCAUUUCCAGAUGAGUUUGUCUUUGAUGUAUGGGGAGCAAUAGGUGAUGCUAAGCAAGGACGACUGGAGUGAGAAUUGUACACCUUAUGAAUUUCUGUUUGAAAAUACAAAAUGAUUUUCAAAUGUAUACAUCAGAAUUCCAAUACUUUUAUUGAUAUAAAUUCAGGAUGCUCUGUAUAAGUGUUCUUAUCGGAGACUUUCUUUUGCAAAGGAGGUUUUCCAGUAGAAAUAUGAAAAUAAACCUAGAGUUCUGACAAUUGCACGUUUAAAACAAACAUUUAAUUUACAUGUAGAAAUCACUGUGAGGAGUGUGUCAAAGAGAUGUAUUUAUACAGACAUUUAAUGGAAAUUUGGUAUUUUUUACUGUACAUACACUUUGAUAUUGAUAUUCUGAGGAGUCUUAGACAUAUGCAACAAAGAGUUUGGAUUAUUUGAUCUCUUUUUUUUAGAAAGAUUUAUAAACUUGUUAAAAAAAUACAUAGCUACAUGCUGCAGGUCCCUGAUGUUCUGCUGUUCUUCUCUGUGGACAACCUGAAGCCUUAGGUUUUCCUACAAUUUGGUCUGAGUGUAGUCUUUCCUGUAGACAGAGCUGGGAAGAAGCUACUCUUUCUGAAGAACCCGAAUUCAGGAGAAUAAUAUUCCUCUGAAACAUGAGAACUAAGAUAUUUGAAUGAAAAAGAUUCUACUUUCAUUGGAGUUAUAGUACAUGUUGUCUAGGAAUUACUGAGAUGAGUAAAUAAAGUAGUGAUUAAACCAGGAAGCUGCUGCUUUAUUCAGAUGCCAUAUUAUUGCAAUAGGAACAAAAAAUGUUACUUUGGAUUAUUCUUCAUGUAUUUGGAUAAUAUCUGUGAUCUGUCACUGUAGACUGUGGUGUAUGACUAAGUGCUUAAUUGAUCUUUGCAAAGAUUAUAUGUGAAAUGAUUUGCUGAAAUCCUAUGGAGUUUCCCCUUUUGUCUGUUUUUUUUCAAUGUGGUAACGUAGGAGAGACAUUGAAAGUGUUCAAACCUGAAAGAUAUAAUUAAGUUCACUAACAACCACAGUCUGGAUGAAAACGCAUGCCUAAACCCUGAAAAAUAUAUUAAACUAAAUUCAGAUCUUAGGAUUUCCAAUUAUACUGUACAUAAACAUUUAUUUUAACUGAUAGUACCUUACCAACAGGUCUCAGAUUAUUGAAAAUGAAAUUGAACAAGAAUGUGGGGUCUGAUCUGGGAAAUUGUCAUAGCUUUUUAGUAUUUUUAUAUUUACUUAAGCAUAUUAAAUAAUAGGUAUUACCGUUUUUUUCCUAAAUUACUACCUUUUUCUGAGGGAAAUGUCUUUCACUAUCUUCCAGAGUUCUCUUUAAAAUAAAGACUAUGCCAAUAAUAUUACA